UAUAUAUAUUCACAUGGAUGCCAUCGAGAAAGAAUAUCGUCUAAUAGUUGAAUAUCAUCAGUAAAUUGCAACAGAGCCUCUUCUCUCCCUCCCCUCUUUAACUCAUCUCAAGUCUCUUCUGUCCUUCUGGCAAGACGAUCUCCAGCGGAUCAUAUUUCACUACCGUCUCAUACUACCAGAAUCUAUCGGACCACAUACAGAUUUUUUUGGAUAUUGUCGAUUUGGAAAUUGGAAAUGGACGGCUACAACGAGUACCGACAAAUCCGGGUAGGCGAGCUCCUUGCCGACUUCAGGGACCUUCAAACCUGGAUCGCAGCGGCGCCCGAGACGCCAGAGGACAUGGACGAUUACUACUCGGAAGGAUGGGCGGCUCUGCGUCAGUGCGCACUCGACGGUCACCAUAUCCUCAACUGCGGUGCCGACACGAGCGUGCCUCAGGUCAGGGGCGGGCAGGAGGAGCAGGAAAAGGCCGAGCUGCUACAGAAUCAUCUCGAUGCGUUUUCCCGCAGGCACGAGUCACACAAGAUCUGGCUGCGUCAGGGCGCCGCUCAGAGGUGGGUUGCGGCGCGCUUCCAGAUACUGCAGGGCCGGCGGCCACACGCAGAACAUUCGGCGCAGCUCAAAGCCUGUGACCGUGCACUACGCAGGGAGUACGAAACCAUCACUGAUGAGGCAGUCUAUAACCAGCUCCAGGCCUCCGACAUUGAGCUAGGUCGUUGGACGGGCGAGGACCCAAGCCUGCGAGCCGUGCAGCGCUGGCUGCGGUCCCGGCGUCGUGCUUGAUGGCAGGAGAGACUGGUUAAGAG